ACCACGCGCAAGGUCAACGAGAAACUCGAUGCUGCUUGACGCUCGCACGCGCGUACUUCGAAUCGUCACAAAAAUAGCCGCCUGCAAGGGAAAUAUUAUCACUAGUGUGAAAGAAAUGCUGCCAAUAAUGCCAAAGGAUUCAGAGAUUAAGGAUGGAGAAAAGAACCUAAUUAAGAUUGUAGAACGGCCGACAUUCAUAUUAAAGACUAGAGAAGGAGAAAAUAGAGCUGUUUCUCCGAGUCAACGUAAUGGCCACAAAAAAGAUACCGAUAUGUCUUCAGCAGCAUUAGUAAAAGUACAAGAUUCGAUCCGUAUGCUUUCCAUCUGUCCCGAAAUGACGACGUGUAUGAAAUUCAUGGAUGAAAAUAUGCAAUUAUGUGAAAAUUCAAUAGAUUUUCUCUAUGAUCAGCAAGACUUUCUAGUCGUUGGAUGUCUAGGUGCGCAAGGUGUUGGUAAAUCGACGAUUAUGUCACUGCUAACGUCACGUUAUUCGUCUAACAUUUUUCAAGUUCAAGGUUUAUCACAUUAUGAAACUAGUACAAAUUGUACCACUGGAAUAGACCUUUUUGUAACUAAAAAUAGAGUGAUAUAUUUGGAUACACAGCCAAUUCUUUCUGGAUUUGCGAUUGACGCUGCAUCCUUUGAUCAGAAGAAAGGUGCACCUGAUUAUGUGAAUAGUGAUUCUAAUUUAGAAUUACAAUCGCUCCAGUUUGCAGCAUUCUUAUUUUCCGUAUGCCAUGUUAUUAUAUUUGUACAAGAUUGGUUUGUGGAUCCAAAUUUAGUAAGAUUUUUACAGACUGCAGAAAUGUUAAAACCAUCCUCAACAACUAUCAUAGAUCAAGAUUACGUAGAAUAUUAUCCCCAUGUUGUAUUUUUGCAUAACAAAGCGGACGUGCAAGAUUUUAUGCCUGCUAUUAUUGACGAAAUGAAGGAUUUUUAUAACAAGGUGUCAUCUAGUUCUCGACUACAAACUCAUAGCGGUAUAGAUAUGAGUCCGUGUUCGACAGAAAGUAGUUUAAAUUUAUUUUUGAUACCUUCGAGGGCUAAAGAAGAAGACAAAACUUUUUGUGAAAACGAAGAAUCUCUUAUAGACAAACUACGAACAAAGAUACAUGGAGUUCCUAGGAAUUCAAUUACACCUUCCGUAUUAACAGAAAAAAAUUGGUAUCAUUAUGUUUCAAAAGUUGUAGAAGUAAUAAAGAAAAGCCAUCUAUCUUCUGAAUAUGGAAGACUAAUGCCUUAAAUCUCAAAGCCUACGUAGAAGGAUGUGAAAAAGAAACAAAGCAGGUGAAUGAAUUCCGUGCAGCAGUUCAAGAUAAGCUCUCUAGAUUCGUUUGCAACUCGCACAUGAGGCAAGAUCUCCUUGAUUAUUUUGUUAAUUGAUGCACGAGGAAGUGUAAGCUCGUCAUCGUCAGUUGGUGACAUCGCAGCUGAGGCCAUUUGAGAGACUCCUAGAAUAUUAAAAACUACUUGUAUAUUACGGGGAAAGUUCAGAAUAAUCUGACGUAGAUAAUUACGAAUUUAUAAAGAUGUGUAUAUAGAGAAUGAGUUUUAUUUCGUGUGUGUGCCACGUAUCACCGCCACGUAUCUCAGGAAAUAUUGGUUUUAAUGGAAAAAUGUUUCGGGAUAAAGGUUCAAAUUUUAAUUAAUAGAAAAAGAUGAUAUAAUAAAAAAUGGAAGUUGACAUUUAAAAAAUUUAAUUUGGCCCAACACAGGUCCCGCGAACUUUAUAAAUAAUAAAAUCGUUUAUCGGUCCCCCCCUCUGAUGAACUCUCCAAAACUUUUAUCUGAAACAUUUUUACAAUAAAAGCAAUAUUUUCUGAGAUACUUGGCACAUAAAAUAAAACUACCUGUAUUGUAUAAAGAUGUAUAACGUAUGACAAAUAUAUAUGUAUGUAUUGAUUUUUAUUAUUGAUAUGAAUAAAUCUGACAUUUUAACUUUU